AUGCUUUUUUUUUUUUUCAAUUUUUUUCCCUUUGCUUAGGACAUUUUUUUAGUAAAUAUAUAUGAGAUGACUUGAAAUUUUUUAUAAUUUUCUAUUUCAUAUAAAAUGUAAAUGUAAAUUGAAGUUUUGGUUUGCAAGUUUGACAUCUUUCACCUAUAGUAUUUUUCGCUAGUGUUCUGUACUCUGUAGGACAUUUCCUAUAACAAGCUUGAGCUUGAGCUUGAAAUAUAAGGUUCAAUGAGCUCGAGCAUGAUAAAAAUUUAUAUGCUCUUGAAUUUUUGUGGUGCUCGGCUAUAACCUAAUGAUGAGUCAAAAAGGCUUAUUAAAUUAGGAACAGGCUUGCAAGUUUCCAUGGAAGCUAUAACAUAAUCUUCUUAAUAACCUCUCUAUCUUAUAACAAGGAAGCAAAAGUAAAUAAAGUUGGAAUAGUGAGCUAUUUUAAUCACAAACUUGAUUAUAUUCACCUUAAAAUGCUUUUAGGAGGAAGGUAAUGGACUUUUAACCUAAAGUAUUCUACCGUGUUCUAUUUUGGUGCAAACAUUUUCAAUUGGCUACACUAGCCAUCCCUGGGUCCUUGGGUGGAGCUUUGGCCAAUAUCUGUAAGUAUCCUCAGGAUUGUUGCAUCAAAGGUUUAGAUACGUGUGUUAUCCAAAAGUGGUUUACUUUGUUAAGUGCAUUUCAUGCAUAAGUCAAAAGUUCAAAGAUUAGAUGACUAAAUAAAAUACUAGGCUUGGAGUAAUGAUAUUUAUUUUCGAGCAAAAACAAAUUAUCAUGGUAACCUAUUAGGGUUCGGUAAAGUGGUAACGGGUAAUGUGAACCAUGUUGGAAAUACAUGUUCAACUCACUCCGUCAUCAUUUAAGUGCAAAUGAAUUCCAAUGGGAUUCUUGCCACCCCUGGGUGGAGAUUUGCCGAGCGCAAGUUGGGCCAAAGUUCAGGUACCCAUGUUAUUAUAAAAAGGAAGUGUGAUAGCAUAAAUACACAUUAGGUAUAUGAGUGUUUUUCAACUAUGCAAUGAGAGGGGUAGGACCAUAUAAGUAUGCAUAAUUUGGUUGUAUUUAUUGUCUCAGCUCUUUAUUACCCACCUGUAUGUGGGUGCUUACUUGUUUGUCAUUCCUAUUUUGCAAAUAUGAGAACUCACCACUGCAUUAACUGAUGAUUUUUUCUCCUUUUUGGGUGCAUUCUGCUGGAGUAAAUUCCUGCCAAUCAUGCAAUGUUUUUUUCUUUUGGCUGAAAUGCAAUGUAUUUUGUGUUUGGUCUUUUCUGAGAUGCGAAAUCAAAUAAUCCAAAAAAGAUGUUCUUUAAAAUACUGAACUUUGCACUGAGAUGUUUAGUAUGUUCUUCCUUUUCAAAAAAAAUUGCCCCAAAAUUUACUUCUCAGGCUACUUGUAAAUUUGUAGGUCAAGCAGAAGACACUUAUCAUAUGGGGUGAGGAUGACCAGAUUAUUAGCAACAAGCUUGCAGUGAGAUUGCAUUGUGAACUGCCAAAUGCAACUAAACGCCAAGUAGCAGAUUGUGGCCACCUUCCUCAUGUAGAAAAGCCAAAAUCUGUUGCAAGAUUAAUCUCAGAAUUUGUUAGGGAUUGUUGCCACGAAGACACUUGUUGCAUUUAAUUAAAUAAAAUUUCUUAUU